CUUUCCUGGGUCUUUGGCAGAGGCUCCUGGUUCUCUGCCACCUGCUAUGCUGUCUGCAGGUACAAGGGCUUCAUUAAGGACUGCCCCAGCGGGCAGCUGGACGCGGCUGGCUUCCAGAAGAUCUAUAAACAGUUCUUCCCAUUUGGAGACCCCACCAAGUUCGCCACGUUUGUUUUCAACGUCUUCGAUGAGAACAAGGAUGGGCGGAUCGAGUUCUCUGAGUUCAUCCAGGCACUGUCAGUGACCUCGAGGGGGACCCUGGAUGAGAAGCUGCGGUGGGCCUUCAAGCUCUAUGACUUGGAUAACGAUGGCUACAUCACCAGAAAUGAGAUGCUGGACAUAGUGGACGCCAUUUACCAGAUGGUGGGGAACACCGUGGAGCUCCCGGAAGAAGAAAACACGCCUGAGAAGAGGGUGGACCGGAUCUUUGCCAUGAUGGACAAGAAUGCCGACGGGAAGCUGACGCUUCAGGAGUUCCAGGAAGGCUCCAAGGCCGACCCCUCCAUCGUGCAGGCGCUGUCCCUCUACGAUGGGCUGGUAUAGUCCAGGCCCAGAGCUGGGAUGUGUGGGAACAGCUCGCCUCUUCCUGUGCCAUGAGGCCACCGCAGUCUGACACCGCCCCUGUGCCCACCCAGCCUUCCUCAUGUACACAGCCGGCGGCCACCCUUGAGCCUCCAGGCCGGGUUCUCUUUCCCCCUUGCCCUGCAUCCACCUGCCGCCUGAAGCCACUGGUUCCAAUCGUCAACAACCUCUGCUUGUCCAAAACAGCGACGAACCGAAAUGGAAAAGGCUCCAGCCCUCCGCCAAACUAAGGACUUGGCUGUCUCUCCAGGGCAGCCAUGCCAUCCCUCCUGCUCUCCUGCGUGUGUGCUUUCUUUCUUUCUUUUAUUUCAAAUGGACAUUGUAAAAGAAAACAAACAAACUACCUUCUGUUCUAGAAGAUACUGACCCUCGGGAGAAGGCCUCUGGGUCUCAGAGAACUCAGUCUCUGCCUGGCCCUCUGCAGCGGUGGCCUGGGGCCAGGGCUGCCUUUAGCAGUGAGGGCGCUGGCAGGCAAGGAUGGUUAGUGAUGAUGGCUCAUGUGAUAACAGUAUUGUGUAUUCUGUGGGGAAAGUGAGGUUUUUUUUUUUAUACUCAUAUAUAAUCGAUACCUUUUA